AUGAAUUCAAUUCAAUAAGAGAUAACUAUGAUUCCUACAAAGAUAUUUAAGAAUGCAUAAUGGAUUUCAAAAUCAUUAAGUGUAAACAAACGAAAAAGUCCAAAUUAUCCAUGUAAAAGAUGGGGACAUACAGCUGUGUUACACGAUAAAUAUAUGUAUGUAUUCAGUGGUUGUGGUAAAUCUGAUAAUCCCAGAUAGUGGGAACAAAUAUACAGAAUGGAUUGUAUAACAUUUUAAUGGGAAAGAUUGAAUUCUCCAUCUUAAAACCAUCCUCCAGGUAGAGAUUCUCAUUGUUGUGUAUGUUUGUAAAAUAAACUUUAUUUUUUUGGGGGAUCUAGUAAUGAAUUAAUUCUUGGGGAUUUUUGGAGCUUUGAUAUUGAAACUUCUGAAUGGACAGAAAUAUAAGUACCAAAAGAUAUGGAAGCAAGAGAAGGACAUUCUAUGGUAGCUUUAUCAUCAAGAUUGAUAUAUAUAUAUGGUGGAUGGGAUUAAGUAUAAAAUAUAAUGACAGAAUCACAUUGGCUAUAUGAUAUCAAAACAAACAAAUUUUAAUAAGUAACACAUUUUACAGGGGAUGAGAUGAUAAAAUUAGAAAGUCAUACUGCUAAUAAAAUAGGAGAUAGUGUUUAUAUUUUUGGAGGUUAAGGUCAGUAGUCGAAUAAACAAUUAGUAUUUCAUAAAGAUUUGUACAAAUUAGAUUUUGAAAAUAUGAAUGAUUUGCAUUAAAAAUUUGAUUAAUUAGAAUCAGGAGAUGAUAAGGGUUAGAAUAUUGAAAAUAAUACAGUUAUAAAGAUUGAGAAGAUUAAGGCAAAUGGAUCUCAAUAGCCUACUCCUAGAGCUUCUCAUUCUGCAGUUACUUAUGGAGAGAGAUUCUUAUUUAUAAUUGGAGGAGAAGGGUAUAAAUGAAUAAUAAUCAAAUUUAGAUAUUAAUAUGAUUAAUAAAAGGAUAAUGAAGAGGAAGCAAUUGAAUAGGAUUAGGAUGAUGAUUAAAAUAUUGAUGAAGAAGAAAAGCCAAUAUUUCCAAAAAAUGAUAUUUGGAUAUUUGAAACAGUAAUGAGAGUAUGUAAUUAAAUUAAAUUUAUAGACAUGGAGUAAAUUAUAACCAAAAUCUAAGACUCCAGUAUUCUAACCUAGAUUUUCACAUAGUUGUAUUGUUUAUAAGGAUUAGUUUAUAAUUUUUGGUGGAUUGAGAAGUAUGGGAGAAGUAUUAGAAGAUAUAAUGGUAUUGCAUUUAAAGGAUAGUGAAAAUAAUAUAUAGAAAUAUUAAAGGGAUGAGAUGAAAAAUGUAUGUAAAUAUUGCUAAUUGAUAUAUGGUAUUCAAUAAGAAGAAGAAAUAUCAUUUCAUAAAACAAUUGAAAAUAAUGCAAUAAAAUUACCUAAAUUAUCUUUAACAUUUGUAGAUGAGUAAUAUUAAUUUAAUAAAUUUUAUAGAAUUUCUAAAUUGAUUUAUUGUCCAAUGUCUUGUUUUGGUCUCUUUUUGGAUAAUGUAAAAUUAUCAGAAGCUUCAGAAGUUAAUUUUGAAUAUGUGUUUUUAUAAAGAAAGAAGAAAUAUUAAAAUACUAUUGAUGAAAUUAGAGAUAAAAUACCAGUAUUGAUAAUUUUUGAGAAAGAUCCUAGAGAAUUAGAUGAUUUAAAUGAUUUCUUAUUUAAUUUUGAUAUUUCUAAAAGGAAAAAUAAAGUAAUUAAUUAAGAUAUAGAUUUGAAAAAUGAAAGUGAAUAAAAUUAAGUUUAUGAGGAAUAGCAAUUACUAAAUAAGAAGUAAUAUGCAUUAAAUUUUAAAAUUGCAUCAUUACGAUUAGGAGAUAGUGUGUUAAUUUGUCAUAAAUCUUAGAAUAAUUAUUAUGUUGGAUUAAUAUCAAUGAAUGAUUAAUUAAAUCCUAAUGAUGAGACAUUGACUUUCUAUAAUUAUACAAUUACUAUUGCAAAUGGAACUGAAAGAAAGAUUGAUUCACCAGAAAGUAAAUAUGUAUUAUUAAAUGCAAUUACUCAUUUAAUAAAUGAAGAAGAUUUUAUAUUAAAUUGCAAUUAUAAUUAUACUAAAAUAUUCAUUUUUGAUUUAGCUAGAAUACAUGCUUUAUAAAAGAUAUUUGAACUUCAUUUAUAUAAUGAUGAUAUAAUCUCGAAUUAAUUAUUAGCAUAUUAAUUAAAAAAAGAUGAUGCAAUCAAAUAUCCAGAUUUCUCUUUAAAGGAGUAUCUUAAAUAUUAUUCAUUGGAACAUUUACCAUUUAAAAUAACUGUAUAGAAUUAAUUAAUUAAUACAAAUGUUAAUGUGAUAAGUAGAAUUGAUAAUAAAAAUAAGAUAUCUAUAACAAAUGAAAAAAUACUUAUAAAAUUAAAUGAAUGGGCAGAAUCAUAUUAAUUAAGUAGAUUAACAUAAAAUAAUUUUGGAAUACUUCUUUAUUAUUAAGGAAGAUUGAUCAAUAGAUAUAGAAAAUAAUUGGGAGUCUAUCCAAGUAAUUUAGAACAAAGUGGAUAUAUAAAUAUAUCAAAGAUUGUUAAACCUAAUAUGACAUUUGAAGUAAGUAUUUAAAUAUAUUGUAGGGAUUUAAAAAUUCAUACUUAAGUUCUAUAUUACUAUAAACUCUGGAAACAUUAGAAGAGGAAUGUGAACCAGAGAGAAGAAAGGAAAUUAAAAUUUGA